UUGUGUUUUCUUAUUUUAAGUGUAAAUAGUCAAAAUGUCUCCUUUACCUCCUCAAUUCAAGAACAAAUUCACUUAUUUUAAGAAAAAAUGACUUAUCUAGAUUUCAACUUUUUCCAGUGCAGCUGGAGUCGUUUCCGGAUCCAGUAAUUUUUUUAGUUUCCAGUUUUCUGUUACAUCUCUUGCUGUGCUUUGUGUCACCACUCCUGUAAACCGAUCCAGAAGAGAAGGGAAGGGUUCGCCUACUCCCCACCUGACCAGCUCUGCAUCAUUAAUGAUCAUGUAUCAUUGAUGGUGUUCUCUGAAUGAAGCGCAGCCUCCUCCAAACUGUUCAUCACGCUCCCGUCCUCAGGGCUCUAUCUUCAGCUGAGAGCUUCCAUCCAGGUGAAACGUCCCAGAUGGUCGUACCCGGUGGAGCUGCUCCCCCCAUGACUGUCAUCGGCUUGGCCGUUAACCGGCUGUGGCCGGUUGGAUCCGUCCAGAGGAGAUCCCAGCUGGUGUCUGGCUCUGUGAGGCCGGCGCGCAGGAGCAGAGCCCCUCUGAGGCUGCCCUCUCUGGAGGCUGCAGCCAAAGGACCGGGCAGGGGGACCGGCACGGACCGCCUCAGCCAGCCGUCCCUCUUCGAUCCGGGUCAGCACGUCCUGUCAGAGGGCCUCCCAGGGAGCCAUCGCCCCAACAUUUUACAGAUACCACCUCUACCCCCUCUGUCCACAAGCAAACCCUCCCCCCUGCCGCCCUGCAGGAACUGCAGCCAAAACCAGACGCAGAACGGAACGCUUAAUUUCUCCGAAGCUAUCCAGCCCUCUGCCCGGCCAAGACCGGCCAGACGACACUCAGACAACCCGACGCUGAGCUCUGAGGUUCUGCAUGGCGACCCCCAGCGCCGUGGCUCCCCGCCCUCCCAGGAUGAAGCUCCGUCUGUGGUGGAGAAGCCAGGCUUUCUGAGCUGCAGCCCUCAGCCUGCCGACACCGCUGGACAUCCAGGUCGAGCUCAGCUUCACGUCUAUCUACCCAGCGAGGCUGAUGGAGAGGAGGAGGAUGAGGAAUCUGUAGAUGAAGGAUUCAUGGAUGAACUGGACAUCAGGAUAACAUCUCUGAAGCUUCAGGAAGUCCCACAGACCAUAACUAACCAGCCUUGGCAAAACAUGCGCAUCCCAGACCUUCAGGUUUAAAAUGGAGUGUCCCGGCACAGAACCUCAUUCAGUUUGUGGACAUUGACCUCUGACCCCACCAGGAUAUCUUCCAUC